AUGGCAAUGGAGAGCCCCGUCACGCCAUUCACCCCAGUUGAUGAUUUCUUUCCAGAGCCAGACAUAGUGAUAGAACACCAACGUACGCAAUCACCACUGCGAAAGCGACCGCGCCAUACUAGCAGCAUCACAGCAUCCGACUCUGGCCAAUCUCUUGUCAUGGUUUCCGAGGAAUCGAAGGCUCCCAUAAGGGACGAUACAUAUUACAUGUCUGAUGGGAGCUGCAUUCUUCGUGUGCAGAACACACUAUUCAAAGUCCAUCGCACAAUCCUGUCUAAGGAUCAGUCAUCCUUCGGCCUUAUGUUUACGCUCCCACAAGGUGAAAUCAGCGGAGAAGGGAUGUCGGAUGAUCAUCCCAUCGUUCUGCAGGGAGAUUCGGCAGAGGAGUUCAGACAUUUCCUCUGGGCAUUAUAUGCACUACCCUCGGAACUGAUGAUAAUCCAGUCUCCAAUUUCAAAAGUCGACCUUAGCCGACUAAUAGACAUCGCGAAGGUGUCUUGCAAGUACUCUUUCAAGUCGACAGAAACAUGGGCAUUGGACGCAAUUCAAGAAUACCUUGAACGGAACACGUCCCCCUUGUUCAAUGACAACCCUCUAAUAUACAUGUUCCGUACAUCAACCACUCGCUCUUCGGCUCUUUUGGAAGGUCCAAUUGCUCGCCUGAUCAGACUUGCUCAGAUGUGUUCGCACUCACGUCUGAUGGACACGAUGAUUGGCCUUCUUCAAAAGCUACUGUCUGGUUCUUUGCAUUAUUCAUAUCUGGCCAUGACUCUUGCGGAUGAGUUUAACCUUAGGGACCUGCGAGGCGCGGCGUAUCUCGAAGUCAUGCAAACGUCGGUCUUUGUCUGCUCCGGAGUGGCUAAUGGUCAUACAUACGUGGAAGGUGACAUUCAGGAAACGAGCGAGGGGCCGCAGCGGCUGGUGGUCAGCCCGGUGCAGCAGCUGAGACUUCUGUCGGGAUAUCACCGCCUUUCUAAAGCAUGGGACAAGUUACGUACCGUUCCUCCGCAGUUCGAACACGCGCCGUCUUGCUGUGCGACCUGGCACCAAAAUCAUGGAUGCACUCAGAGCUGGACAGAUUUCUGGAAGGAGAAGACGAGGUUAGAGGGUGUGUUAUCCCUCGGCUCCGCAAAUGUCCUCGGGAGAUUGGCUGUCAUUAUCAAGGAGUUUGAUAAGUGGGGAUCUGCAACGUAUAUGUACCACGAUUGCAAGUCUGCAGCGAGACGGUCUAUCCACGAGAAGGUGAAGCAAUUGCAGCAAGCGUUGCCGGAUUAUUUCACAGAAGGUGGUGAAUAUUAA